AUGCCGCUCAAAGGUCGCCGUUAUAAUACUGUUGCCGAGAUCCAGAGCGCAUCGAAGAAUGUCCUCGACUCGCUUUACGGAAAACAACUUCCACGCCGGAUUCCAAAAGCUCACUAUUUCGAAGAAGAUGAUGUUAAAAACGUCAAUUAUCUCGUUUCCAUCAACCAAAUUACGCUAACUGGAGCGUUGCAGUGUCCCAAAGAUUUUAACCAGAAAACAACCGAAUGUUUAGCAGAUUAUACAAUACAAUUGAAUAAUGUUGAAAAUAAUGAUCACAAAUUAUUAACUGGAAUUGACGUUGAAGCUAUCAGAGCAUUUUGCAGCUCCUACCAAAGAGGUAUGAAUUGCAUUGAAGAUUUCAAGAGCAAAUGUAGCCGGAAGGAAAAACCUCGAAUAUUAAUAAACCUAAGUCAAAACCAAAAGGAAUUAAACAAACUAUGCGACGACGACAGACUUUAUGAAAAAUAUGCUCGCUGCCAGACAUGUUUUAAUCGUCAUAGAGACCACACUGAGAACUGCUUUAGCAAAAUUACCAAAAAGACAGUGAAUAUAUUUACAAAACUUAAAUAUCCAUCUGACGCAGUGUUCUGUAGCAAUGUGAAACGCGUCCAUAACUGUAUAGAAAACACUAUUACAGAUAAAUGUGGCAAAGAUGCCGGAAAGCUGGUUGAGUAUUUGCUCACUCCUAUGAUAAUGAAAAGUGCACAGUGUGUUCUAAAAGACCCAGUAACGACCACAUCUACGCCAACAACAACCCGAUCAACAACACAUGUGCGGAUCAUCGUUCCCGCCGAUCGCCGUGAGGAGACACACAUUACCAACGGUUACGGUGUUACAUUAUUGCCGCCUCGCCUGUUUUAUCUGACAUUCUUCGCUGUUUCUUUCUAUUAUUUAAUGACAUUCUUGUCUUCAGGCACACUAAAAUGGACUUGAAUGGCACUAUAAAUCAGACAUGGAAAAAUUAGCUGUGAAUAAUGGGAAAUAAUUAUAAGGCUUAUUUUGAGAGAAUCAGCAAUUUUGUUUCAUUCUUAAACAAAUAACCUCUAUCUUAUUCGAUGGAUUACUGUUCCUUAAACUGCUAUCUGCCAUAUUAAUUCGUACAACUUCUAAAAUAUAAAUAAUAUUAUAUACAGAAACCUUAUUUUUUGUUCUAUGUCAAUCAUAU